GUUCAAGCAAGGGAGCAAACCAAGCGAAGCGAGAAAUGGAGGUGGUGGUGUUACCUCUACCUGGUUCCGGAUCCAAUAACAAGUCCCUCUGCGGCCUCUCCUCCUCCACCGCCGCCGCCACAUCAUAUUUUAGACGACGCCGUAUUGUCGCCAUCACCAAUUCCACCAUCAACGGUUCUCACUCUUCUUCAUCAGCGGAGGCAGAGGAGGACAUCCAGAUUAAGGAGAUCAGGGUGUGCACCAACCGGACUUGCCGUAGACAAGGUUCCUUUCAAACCCUUGACACUCUCACCGCUCUCGCGCCCUCCAACGUCGCAGUCAAGUCCUCCGGCUGCUUGGGCCGCUGCGGCGCCGGCCCCAACCUCGUCGCGCUGCCUGCCGCCACUUUGGUCGCUCACUGCGGGACCACAGCUCGAGCCGUGGAGGUCCUCGUGGCACUAGUACUACUCAGCCGCCGACGAGGAGGAGGUGUUUCGAAUUCGGACGGUGCUAAUGCUAAUAAGAACAUUGAAACAAUUGCAAACAAGAGUUUGGAAGCGCUUGCGUUGAGAAACAAGGCUCGGAAUGAGCUUCUACACAACAACAAUUUCUCCCAGGCUGAAUUCUUCCUCUCUCAGGCUAUAGAAUUAAAACCAAUUGGUGGUAUCCAUAUUAUGUAUAAAGACAGGUCCCUUGCAAGACUGGCAUUGGGCAAUUAUUCCGGGGCUCUUGAAGAUGCUGCACAAGCUUUGGCUUUAAAUCCUCUCUAUCCUGAGGCUUACAUUUGCCAAGGUGAUGCAUUCUUGGCUCUGAACCAAUUUCAAUCUGCUCAUAACUCAUAUAUGGCGUCUUUAGAGAUAGAUCCUUCUCUUCGACGUUCCAAAUCUUUCAAGGCUCGGAUUGCAAACCUUGAGAAACUCACCACUGGAAAUAUGCCUUAAGAUCUGCAAUGUGCUUGGAGCUGUUUAUAAAUCAAUUACAGAGCUUUGAUGAUAAAAGGCAGAGUGUUUAUUCAUCUUCUAUCCAGUUCCUGGAAUUUGAGAGAAGUGUCCAGCCAUUUUUGGCCUUGAUGGUGUGGGUUGUACCACUAUAUUAAAGGAAGGUGGUAAGGAGAAGGAGGAAGAUGAUUGUACUGAUGAAUGGGUCUGCUAUAGGAGGAGCAUUUUUAUCUUUUUCCCUUUGAAUCAAUUGCAACUGCUAUGAUAGUAUGUAUAUAUUCAAAGUUGUAAAAUUUGUAAGGUUUUUUUCGGUUCAUGAGCCUAGCACUAUGUCAUAGGAUUGGUGGGGGGAGCUCACAUUAUGCUGAUGUUACCUGAUUUGGUUGUCGUGUAAUCUACCUUGGACUUUUGUUAUACUAAGGAUCAGUAUCCAUUGUUUAUUUC